AAAAUUUGGUGAAAGGUAAAUCGAUAGAAUUUAUGGGAGCAAAAAUCAAAGCUGAAAAAAACAGAUUUUUAAUUGGAUUUCUUGAUAUUUGGCUAAGUGGAAAAGCUCAAGACAUGUCAAUCAAGAAUAA